AGCAUCUUACAUUUUUAUCGAUGAUCCAAAAAGACUAUAUUGGUCAUGUCUUGCUGUUUAUGAAGUGGUAGUUUGAUGAAUAUGCGUAACCGAGUCUUUUACGGCAUUUUACGACAGUUUACGGCAGCUGUAACAGGCGCCGAAUUCAGAAAGUUCCUGAUUGUUUUUCUGGGAGCUCAACAACCUUCCCGAACCUUUUAACCGCCUUUGAUAGUGAUGUUUUUCUUUUAAAUCUAUUUAACUUAAUUCUUAUUUCGCCGCAUAUUUUAUGGAAAGUUUAAUUCUAGCUUGGUUCCAUAUAAGCUAGCAAGCUAGUUUCCAUGACAACAAAGUGCCCUUGUUUUGCUAAAGACACUUAGCCAUGGAGUAGCUAGGAGUGAUGAUCAUUGUGGGGAAGUUAAAGUCUCUAUUAGCAGCCCAGGGUCGUAUUUGUCGCUCUAUAUCCUUUAGUAUGAUCAGAAGAACUCAGAUUAAGAAGGUGCUUUGUGUAGCUGAAAAGAACGAUGCAGCUAAAGGCAUCUCAGAGAUCAUGUCAAAUGGCAGGUCAAGAAGAAGAGAAGGUUACUCAGUCUACAACAAGAUAUACGAGUAUGAAUAUAAUCUUUUUGGACAAAAUGUUUCUGUGUGCAUGACAUCUGUGUCUGGACACCUUUUAAGUCUUGAAUUCAAAGCUCCUUUUCAGAAAUGGCACAGCUGUAAUCCAGUCUUGCUGUUUGAUGCUGAAGUGGAAAAGUAUUGUCCUGAAAACUUUGUGAAAAUUAAGAGGACUUUGGAGAGAGAGGCCAGACAGUGCCAGGCUCUGGUCAUCUGGACCGAUUGUGAUCGUGAGGGAGAAAACAUUGGCUUCGAGAUCAUCGACGUCUGCAAAGCUGUCAAGCAAAACAUUCAGGUGUUCCGUGCUCGCUUCUCUGAGAUUACUCCCACUUCCAUUAGGAGAGCCUGCGAGACUCUGACAGAGCCGGACAUUAACGUCAGCGAUGCUGUGGAUGUCAGGCAAGAGCUGGAUCUCCGCAUCGGAGCAGCUUUUACAAGGUUCCAGACUUUACGGUUGCAAAAGAUCUUCCCAGAAACUCUAUCUGAUCAGCUGAUCAGUUACGGGAGCUGUCAGUUUCCUACCUUGGGCUUUGUGGUGGAGAGGUUUAAAGCUAUUCAAGCGUUCAUCCCUGAGACCUUCUUUAAAAUUAAAGUGGUCCAUGAGCCGAACGAAGACGAAUCGGUGGAAUUCAGCUGGAAAAGGCAUCGUCUCUUCAACCACACGGCCUGUCUCGUGCUUUACCACUUGUGCAUGGAGGACCCUGUAGCAAGAGUGAUGUCUGUAACAAGUAAACCCAAAAACAAAUGGCGUCCAUUACCCCUCGACACUGUGGAACUUGAAAAACUGGCUUCAAGAAAAUUGAAGAUAAGUGCUAAAGAGACCAUGAGAGUAGCCGAGAAACUGUACACACAAGGGUUUAUCAGUUACCCUCGUACCGAGACCAACAUGUUCCCGAAGAACCUGAACCUUGUCCCGCUUGUUGAGCAGCAGACUCAGGACAGCGAAUGGGGGGCUUUUGCUCGAGGCAUCUUGGAAAGCGGUGGGCCAACACCUCGAAACGGAAACAAAUCCGACCAGGCCCAUCCUCCCAUUCACCCUACCAAAUACACCAAUAAUCUUCAGGGAAACGAGAAACGUGUGUACGAGUUUAUCGUUCGUCACUUUCUGGCCUGUUGCUCCAAGGAUGCUCAGGGCCAGGAGGUGACUGUAGAAAUUGACAUUGCUGAGGAGAAAUUUUCUGCAAGCGGACUGACGAUUAUCGCUCGUAACUAUCUCGACGUUUACCCAUACGACAAGUGGUACAAUAAGGUUAUUCCGUUAUAUACACCUGAAACAACAUUUCAACCGACCGCUGUCGAGAUGGUGGAAGGACAGACGAGUCCACCUCAACUCCUCACUGAGGCCGACUUGAUUUCUCUCAUGGAGAAGCAUGGCAUCGGCACAGACGCAACACACGCCGAACACAUCGAGACCAUCAAGAGCCGUAUGUACGUCGGUCUGACAGAUGAUCAGAGGUUCCUUCCUGGGGAGCUUGGCAUGGGUCUCGUCGAAGGGUACAAUUCCAUGGGCUAUGAAAUGUCUAAGCCACAUUUGAGGGCAGAGCUGGAGGCAGACCUGAAGCUCGUGUCUGAAGGGAGAAAGGACAAGGCAACCGUCCUCAGACAUCAUGUGGCGAAAUACAAGACCGUUUUUAUAGAAUCAGUCAGGAAGGCGAAGAAGUUGGAUGAGGCUCUGUCUAAUUAUUUAGGCCAGGCCAGAGAUUAUACAGAGCAAGAAGAACAGGAGUUAGAGAUGCCGCUCCCGGUGCGUAAAUGUCCGCAGUGCAGCCGAGACAUGGUUUUAAAGAAGAAGAAGGACAGCACAGCGAAGUUUCUGUCAUGCACAGGCUACCCGAGCUGUAAGGCAGCUGUGUGGUUUCCAGAUACAGUUCUGGAGGUCAGCAGAGAUGACAGCGUCUGUCCAUCGUGUCAGCCACAUCCUGUCAACAUGCUGAGGUUCAAGUUCAAGAGGGGAAGUCUACCUCCAGGGAUGCCUCUUGAGUUUGUCGGGUGUAUCGGUGGCUGUGACGAGACUCUGAGAGAGGUCUUAAAUUUAAAGUAUCUUCGAGGAGGAGAUUCCACCACUCAGGUUAAUCGCAGUUCAACGUCAUGGCAAUCGAAUCGUCCAGUAACCAAUCCUGCGCUUCAGAACAGGUCUGAGAACAGACCACCACUCCACAGUCCACCGGCCUGGUCCACACAGCCCUCACGGUCUGUCCAGAACAAUGUUGUGUGUAACUGUAGCCAGGAUGCUCUUCUCCUCACGGUGCGUAAAGAAGGUCCCAACCAAGGUCGUCAAUUCUACAAGUGCAAUACGGGGAAUUGUAACUUCUUCCUGUGGGACGAACAGCAGAAUGACCAGCCUGGGUCAGCAGGAAGGAUCGGGUCAACAGGACAACAGGGCCCUAGCUUUCAACCACCCAGACCUUCUCUUGGCUUUGCAAAUACACCUCAGCAGAAGCAGGGCAGCAGAGGAUCUGGGGGAGGUGGAGAAGAGAGUAUGUGCAGCUGUAACAUACCUGCAGUCACAAGGACUGUCAUGAAAGAUGGACCUAACAAAGGCAGAGUGUUCCUCACCUGCGGCAAACCACGGGAUCAGCAAUGUGGCUUCUUUCAGUGGGUAGAUGAGAACGUUGCUCCCGCUGCUGUAGGGAAUGUAAGAGGAAACAACAGUAAAUGGGCUGCUAGUAAGAAGAAUGAAGCCUCUUCUGCUCCUAAAAGACCAAGGACUUGUGGAAUUUGCCAUCAGCCGGGACACACUCGCGUCACCUGUCCUCAGGCCCGGUGAGACAGCAUCAAGUGGAGAUGGCUGACUAUGUAUAUUCUGUCAAAUAAAUGAGUUUUUGUUAUCAUUUGUAAAAUUUUACUAUAUAAAAACAGUAAACACUUUUACAAAAUAAAAGCUGACAUUAAUGAGAA